AUGUCCGCCAACACAGAUCAAAAAUUUAUCAGAACUGCUGAUUAUGACUUUAUUCAAAAGCUAGGCAUCAAUGUAUAUUAUCCAAGUUAUAUUGAAAACCCUCAGAUUCUGGGUGGGGAACUUAAAGACCUUAUAAUCGACAAACCCAUUUACAAAGAAGCCAAUAAACAUGCAAAGAAACGACUGGAUUUGAAGAAAUUGAAAAGAGAACAAAGACGAGAGAGUUCACAGAUGAAACAUGACCAGAAAAGUCAACUCAAGGAAGCAAAACGACAACUGCAUUUAGAAAGAAAAGAAUUGAAAAAAGAACUACAUCAACAAAAGGCAGAAAUGAAAAAAGAACAACAUCAACAACGAGCAGACAUACGAGCAGAGCAUCGUCUUCAAAAAUCAGAUUCUCUUAAACAAUCUUAUUGUGGUCAUUAUAUGAAACAAGGACUAAGCAUGAACAGUCAAAUAGAUCCAAAAAAUGAUAGUUAUCCGCAACCCACAAAUAACAACAACAACAACAACAAUAAUUACCCACAACCCAACAGCUACAGUAGCUACAAUAAUUACAAGAAUUUAUUUGAUAUAAGCAAUAGUGAUAUGACUGACGAUGAAAAAACAGAAGUUGAAAGUGACAUGGAAUCAACAAUUAAGUCGUUGCAAUCAACUACUUUGGCAACAACUGUUAACCAUUCAGUAGCUUACAACCAUAAGGAAGAACAUCAGAGUAAAAUGGCACGAGCUAAUUCUUAUGAUCAAACCAAAUCAACUUUUACUAGUUUCCGAUCCAACAUUAAGAACAAAUUGAAAUUUAGAACUCUUAGAAGUUCAAGUGAACAAUUAGUGGAGGUGUUUGCAACAAACUAA